UCACACAAUAUUCAAAGUCAUGAAAUAGAAAAUUUAAACAAAUGCUAUUAACAACGCGCCCUCCUUCAUUAACAUGAUGCAAAGUCUCUAUACAUAAUUACUAUGGCUCUCUUAAUUCUCUUCUUCUUUCUUUUCUUUAUCAAAAUAUCACAUACCCUUCAAUUAUGUUCCGAUUCUUGCAGUCCCAUAGGCCCUGAGGUCCGCUUCCCUUUCAGUCUUGCCGGCGAUGGAUGCAGAAGCUACCCAGGUUUCAAUCUUUCUUGUAGCGUAACAGGCCAAACAAUCCUCAAUCUUCCUCACUCCGGAAACUUCAUCGUCCAAUUUAUUGAUUACCAAACUCAAGCGAUUACGAUUAGAGACCCUGAAAACUGCUUUGCACGGCGCCUACUCGACAAUUUUACUCUGUCAGGAUCACCUUUCGUUACUCAGAUUUAUGAGACCUUCUCGUUUCUUAAUUGCUCAUCGAAUUUCUCCAGCUCCGAGUCCUUGCCCCCUUUGUCGAGGAUGAUUCAUUGUCUUAGCGACGAGAACUUUACAGUUGUGGCUAUACCCACUAGUUUUUACGGAUACAUACCGUCGAUGCAGUCGUGUACUGUUAAGUCUGAAAUGGUUCAUGUUCCGGUCUAUUGGCGUCGCUCUCCCGAAGGGUAUUCCUCGUUGACAUGGAUUGAUCCGUAUUGCGCAGAGUGCGAACAGAGCGGUGGGAAUUGUGGGUUCAAAGAUUCUUCGACUCUUGAUAUUGGAUGCUCAAAUCUACCAAGCAAAACCCAUGCAGGUCUCCCACGAAGUGCAAAAUAUGGCAUAAUAAUAGGCGUUGGAAUACCAGGACUUCUCUGCAUUAUCGGGGUGGGCUGUUACUUGUGCGGCAGAUUAAGGAAUUAUAAUAGCCGGAGCCACCACUCCACCGCUGAAGUCACCAUCACAUUUCCGCAUCCAUCAAGCAUUUCAAUAAACGGAUUGGAUGGCCCCACUAUAGAAUCAUACCCAAAAACAUUACUCGGAGAGAGUCGACGAUUGCCUAAGCCUCAUGACAACACUUGCCCUAUAUGUUUGUGUGAGUAUCAGGCUAAGGAGACAUUAAGGACUAUACCUGAAUGCAACCAUUAUUUCCAUGCUCCUUGUAUUGAUGAAUGGCUUAAAAUGAAUGCCACUUGUCCUCUCUGUCGAAAUUCGCCAGAGUUGUCCUCCGGAGUUACUACCCCUUCUUCUUUAUUGUCUACGUCUUCAUCUUCACUGUCUUCAGUACAAUAGAUGUGAAAUUUGAUUAAUUAUUAUGAUUUGGUUUAAUUUGA